CGGUCCGUCCCCCUCCCUCCUCCCGCCGCGGAUCCGCCAGACAGCGAGGCCCCCGACCGGGGGCAGGGGGGACGCCCCCUCCGGGGCACCCCCCGGCUCGGAGCUGCCCGCGGGCAGAGCCUGGGCCCCGAGCGCAGCUGAGCGGAGGAAGGAGCCGCCGAGGAGCAGCCCGAGGCCACAGUCUGAGAAGAGCCGCCCCCGCCGCCGCCGCCGCCGCCGCCGCCACAGCGGGGAGGAGGGGGAGGAGGAGCGGGAGGAGGGACGAGCUGGUUGGGAGAAGAGGAAAAAAGUUUUGAGACUUUUCCGCUGCGGCUGGGAGCCGGAGGCGCGGGGACCGCUUGGCGCGGCGCUGGCCCAGGGGGAGGCAGGACUUGGGGACCCCAGGCCGCCCCUCUCCUCACCGCCUCGGACGCUUGCUCCCUCGCUGCCUCCUACACAGCGACCCCCAUUCCGGACCAGCCCUCCGAGCCUCGGACCCUUUCUCCCGCGAAGGCUUUGCCCCAGCCUCAGGCGCACCCUCUGCCCGUCUCCUGAACCCCGAGCAUCCUAGGACCUUCCCUCCUCCGGGGACGGGUCUCAGCCCUUCUCCAGCUCCCUUACUCAAGACCACCCACCUUCUGGUAGUAGAACUCGCCUGUCUCCGUUUCUUUCGUGGGAUUCCGAGACACCCUGGCCACAGCCUCCCCUCCACCCCUGCUUCUGUCUUCCUGAGGGCCUCAACUUUUCCCUGAGACCCUCCUCCCUUACCCCGGGAGACCCUCAGCCCCUUCAGGGGCGGGGCCUCCCCACCCCACCCUAGCCCUGUUCGCGCUCUCGGCAGUGCCGGGGUGCGCCGCCUCCCCCAUGCCGCCCUCCGGGCUACGGCUGCUUCUGCCGCUGCUGCUGCUGCCGCUGCUGUGGCUCCUAGUGUUGACGCCCGGCCGGCCGGCCGCGGGACUGUCCACCUGCAAGACCAUCGACAUGGAGCUGGUGAAGCGGAAGCGCAUCGAGGCCAUCCGCGGCCAGAUCCUGUCCAAACUGCGGCUCGCCAGUCCCCCGAGCCAGGGGGAGGUGCCGCCCGGUCCGCUUCCCGAGGCCGUGCUCGCCCUGUACAACAGCACCCGCGACCGGGUGGCCGGGGAGAGCGCCGAGCAGGAGCCGGAGCCCGAGGCCGACUACUACGCCAAGGAGGUCACCCGCGUGCUAAUGGUGGACAGCAACAACAAAAUCUACAAAAAAUACAAAGAAAGCCGGCACAGCGUCUAUAUGCUCUUCAACACGUCAGAGCUCCGGGAAGCAGUGCCGGAGCCAGUGUUGCUCUCCCGGGCAGAGCUGCGCCUGCAGAGGCUCAAGUUACAGCAGGAGCAGCACGUGGAGCUGUACCAGAAAUACAGCAAUGAUUCCUGGCGCUACCUCAGCAACCGGCUGCUGGCCCCAAGCAACACAGCAGAGUGGUUGUCCUUUGACGUCACUGGAGUUGUGCGACAAUGGCUGAGCCACGGAGAGGAAAUAGAGGGCUUCCGCCUCAGCGCCCACUGCUCCUGUGACAACAAAGAUAAUGUCCUCCACGUGGACAUCAACGGGAUCAGUUCCGGCCGUCGAGGUGACCUGGCCACCAUUCACAGCAUGAACCGGCCCUUCCUGCUCCUCAUGGCCACCCCCCUGGAACGGGCUCAACAUCUACACAGUUCCCGGCACCGCCGAGCCCUGGACACCAACUACUGCUUCAGCUCCACAGAGAAGAACUGCUGUGUGCGGCAGCUGUACAUUGACUUCCGCAAGGACCUGGGCUGGAAGUGGAUCCAUGAGCCCAAGGGCUACCACGCCAACUUCUGCCUGGGACCCUGCCCCUACAUCUGGAGCCUGGACACCCAGUACAGCAAGGUCCUGGCCCUGUACAACCAGCACAACCCAGGCGCGUCGGCAGCGCCAUGCUGUGUGCCACAGGCGCUGGAGCCACUGCCCAUCGUGUACUACGUGGGCCGCAAGCCCAAGGUGGAGCAGCUGUCCAACAUGAUCGUGCGAUCCUGCAAGUGCAGCUGAGGCUCCGCCCACCCCGCCCCGCCCCAGCAGGCCCGGCCCCACCCUACCCCGCCUCGCCCCCCGGGCCGGGGCAGUAUUUAAGGACACCUGUGCCCAAGCCCACCUGUGGGCUAUUAAAGGUGAAAGAGGACUGGGGUCUCCGUGUCUUUGGGUGCCUAGGUGGGUCGGUUCUGUUGCUUGUGUCCGUGUCACUCAUUUGCAUCCCGUAAACACUGAGCACAUUCUGUUCCCAGUGCUCCUGUGGCCCUGUGCGAUCCCUUUUAGAUCUACUUGUUGAGCACC